AUGUCACAGGCGGCUCGGCCGCCGCCGCCGGGCGUUGUGCCAGACCUUGAGCACCCGGAAGACGUCCUGCACACCGUCAACAUCGUGACCCAGAUUCUUUCGCUCUUCUUCGUUUCCAGCUUUACGCUGAUGAGGCUAUACGCCAAGACUGUCAUCUCGCCUCCCUUGUACCUCGACGACUCUACGCCGCCACCGGGCUCGUCAGUAAGUGCGCCGGACCCCCACCCCCGAUCAGAGCGCCCCGGGCUGACAGAAACAGUGGCCCAGCACGGUGGAGGUUACCACGUGUGGGAGAUUACGGCCAACGACCUGAUGGGCUUCAACAAACUGACCUCCUUUCUGGGUUUAUACGCCGACACGCUCGUGUACGGGCCAAACUCCUUCUUCACCAAGAUCACCCUGAUCCUCAUGGUCACGAGGGUGUUUGCCACCAGCCGCAAGACGGUUAUAGUGGGGCACGUCUUCAUAGUCCUGAUGCUGUGCUACUACCUGCCCGUGCUCAUCAUCAAGGCCCAGAUCUGCAGGCCCAUCGAGGGCUUCUGGGAUGAGGCGGUACGGUCAAGCUGCUUCAACCAGCGCGCCGUCUUCGUGGCCGAUACCGUCAUGAGCGCCCUGUCCGACACGGCGGUGCUGUGCCUCCCGAUCCCGCUGGUGCUGACGCUGCGUAUGACGUGGAAGAAGCGGCUGCGGGUGCUGGUGAUGCUGAGCGCGGGCGGCGUCGCCACGGCGUUUAGCAUCGCGCGCCUAGUGCUGGUGUUCCAGCUGCAGGGCUCCAGCGACGACCCGGUCGAUUUUGUCCGCUUUAAUCUGUUGGGCACGGCCGAGAUCAGCAUAGGCGUGAUAUGCGGCUGCUUCCCGGCCGUCAACAUCCUGAUACGCCACGGGUGCCCGUCGCCGCAGUCGAGCGCGCGGCCGAGCUUGCCGGGCCCGUCGGGCCCCUCUGGCCCGGCCAUCAAGUUCCUGUUCGGCAGCAGGCUCCGGACGCAGAGGCUGACCACCACGCGGCCCGCCGACAUCGCCGUCGGGUCGAACACGAUCCACGCGGGGGACCUCAUCAGCCGCGCCGCCCGCGCCGACGCGAGCCAGACGUCAAGGGGGCCGACGCCGGCGUCCUGGAGCCGGCCGCGGAUGCAGGCGCGCGGGAGCGAGCUGUCGUCGGGACUCUUCCGGCCGGAGCCGUCGGGGCUCUACCAGCCAGAGCCGGUCGCCAGCCCGCCGCACGGUCGUUAUCAGGGGCGGAGAGGGAGCGCCUGUUCGUCCUCGGCCCUGGUCGCGCCCGAGACCCCAACGAGCCCGCCUCCGCCGCCGCCGCGCCGCUCGAUGCGGCAGAACCAGAGGUGGGGGUCCGCCCCGAUACCGCCGCGCUCGCCGGGCAGCCCAACGGUGCGGGAAUCGAACUGCAUCUUCCCCAUCGAGAGGCGGCUGAGCUUCGCGGCGCAGCAGCCCGGGAAAGGGAGUGAUGAGGGUUUCAGCCGGUCCGCGAUGCCGUCGUCGACGACGGCGGACAGGUCGGGCGAGGUAGACGUCUGGUACGAGCUGGUAACGAGCCCGACGUUUCACGGACUGGGUUGGGAGACUGACGUCGAGUUGCAGGCUGGACGCGAUAGUAAUUCUGGUGCGUAGUUGCGGAUAUGUAAUACUAGGCGAGUUUGAACGCUAGAGCUACGACAUGACGAGCAGAUACAACAUAUAAAAAGUGACACCAUCCAAAAAAUGAC